CCGUCAUCAUCCGGGUCCUUCUGUGCGGUGCAGCAGGUCGGUAGGCGGGAAAUGGCGACUGGCCGCUGCCGGGGCUGCUGAGUGGCUACGGAGCCCGCGGCGGCGGCGCCGCUGCUGCUGCUGCUGUUUCUUCGUGCGACCAGCGCGGGGGCCGGCCUUGCCCUGCCGCCUGGGAGCCGGACACCGAGCGGCGGAGGGACGGCCUGACGGGCGGACGGAGAAGGCAGGGACCUCCGCCGCCGCCGCCGCCUCCCCCUCAGCGCCUCACAGUUUUACAUGUGAUACCAACAAAAAUGAGGCUGAGAACGCGGAAAGCUUCUCAGCAGUCAAAUCAAAAUCACACCCAGCGUGCGCUGAGAGUAAAGAGGAAAUACUCAGACGUAGAAGAGAGCUUACCUGUUGGGGGAGGAAAACCUCAGAAAAAUGAAACUGGCUUAUUAUCGUCAAUCAAAAAGUUUAUUAAAGGUAGCACCCCAAAGGAUGAAAGGGAACAUCCUGCAAAGAGGAGUAGAAUUGAACGUGAUAUUGAUGACAACCUGAUUACAUCAACUCCUCGAACAGGAGAAAAGCCUAACAAACAGAUCUCUCGAGUUAGGCGGAAAAGUCAAGUGAAUGGAGAAGCUGGCAAUUAUGAAAUGACAAACCAGCACGUUAGGCAAAAUGGAAAAUUGGAAGAUAAUCCCACGACCGGCAGCCCUCCACGGACUACUUUACUGGGGACCAUAUUUUCUCCUGUGUUCAAUUUUUUCUCACCAGCAAGUAAAAAUGGGACAGCCGGCUCAGACUCUCCAGGGCAAGCGGUUGAAGCCGAGGAAAUAGUGAAGCAGCUGGAUAUGGAACAGGUGGAUGAGAUUAUCACUAGCACUGCAGCUUCAGCCAAUGGAGCAUCCUACCAAGCAGUGCAGGUCAGAUCAACGGUCAACAAUGGCUUGGAGGAAGUAGAGGAUGUGACUGAUCGUGACCUGCCUCCUCUCACUGCACCAGUAUCUCCAGACAGUGGUUACUCGUCAGCUCAUGCAGAAGCCACCUAUGAAGAAGACUGGGAAGUUUUUGAUCCGUACUACUUCAUCAAACACGUUCCACCGCUAACAGAAGAACAACUUAACCGGAAGCCUGCUCUUCCGUUGAAAACGAGAAGCACACCAGAGUUCUCUUUAGUUCUAGACUUGGAUGAAACACUAGUCCACUGUAGUCUAAAUGAGUUGGAAGAUGCUGCACUCACAUUUCCAGUCCUUUUCCAAGAUGUCAUUUACCAGGUUUAUGUGCGAUUAAGACCAUUCUUCAGAGAAUUUUUGGAACGUAUGUCCCAAAUCUAUGAGAUCAUUCUUUUUACUGCUUCAAAGAAGGUGUAUGCAGACAAACUGCUGAACAUACUAGACCCUAAAAAGCAACUGGUGAGGCAUCGACUUUUCCGUGAGCAUUGUGUGUGUGUACAAGGAAACUACAUAAAGGAUUUAAAUAUCCUUGGUAGAGAUCUCUCAAAAACUAUCAUUAUUGACAACUCACCACAAGCCUUUGCCUAUCAGCUUUCAAAUGGAAUUCCUAUAGAGAGCUGGUUCAUGGAUAAAAACGACAAUGAACUCCUAAAAUUGAUUCCUUUUCUGGAGAAACUCGUAGAGCUGAAUGAAGAUGUUCGACCUCACAUCAGAGACAGAUUUCGCUUGCACGACUUGUUACCCCCUGACUAAACAGCAACCCCUUGUCAGAUAGCUGAAGAAGAAAAUGCAGGACCCUUUUUUUUUUCUUUUUGGACUAAAACAAAAACAUUGCCAUUACUGUUGAAAUUUUUGCAUUUUUGUACCCUAUCUCGCUUUUCUUAUCUCUGGUGCCCAACAAUAAUUGAGGGUUGCAGAAGAACUUUAAUAUAAUAUUCGCCAAACGGAAUCCAUGCAGUGCAACACAGGAGGGGGAGGGUAGGACGGAAGAGUCUUUAGAACUAGUGCAACUCCAGUUUUUUUUUAUGUACAGGACAUCUGCCGUUUUUAAAGAAUUCUGUUUCUGCCACCAGCAGUUUGACCUAUAAAAACACAGGAUUUUAUGAAAUAACAGAGAUUGAAAACGGACUCCUCUUUUCUCUCUGUUUGGUGCUCUCUCUAAGUGGGUUCGUUGCCACUUUGUGUUAUUUUUAAGAUUCUCAUUUCAACAGGAAUGGCCAGUAAAUGUUUUUUUUCCUGUUAAGGUUUAUAACCUUUUUACAUUUUUGACCUGUAUUAGAUUUUAGAAUUUCAUUAUGCAUUCCUUUUAGUUGAGGCGGCUUCAUAGUUUUUCUGGGAAUAGCCAAGUUUUAUUAGUUUUUUAUUAUACGAUUGAAUGGCCAUUUUCCUGCUUUGACUGCCUGCAUACUGUAUAUUUGUUUAAAAAUAUUACCUAGUUUUAUUCCAUGUAAGUUUCAUUUAGAAAUCUACGUUUAAAUAUAUAUUUUUUGUUUCUGUAAUAUUCUACUGUAGUGGAAAUCUUUUCAAAAAAUCAAGAGACUGGCUAGAUACGAAGAAAUAUAAGAAUUACUAAUAUUCAGAAUAUUUAAACCAUUGUGAUGGCAUGUACUCUGGACAGAUGAUCUCUUACGGUGGUGCACGCAGCUAAUGGACAAGGAUCAAUACCUCAGAGUCUACUGUGCAUAAUAUGAGUCCCUGAGCAGAGCUUGCUUAGUCUAAAUGCAAUUCAGUUACUGCUGCCUUCAGUGUCCUCUAGAAUGAAGUAUUGUGGAGAGGACUUCAGUAUCUGAAGCUGUCUUGCGUGAGUUGGUCCCUCUGCUAUGCAGUUUGUUACAAUCAGUUCUAAGCUUCUUGUGUAGCAGUGAUGGUGCCCCCACAGUAACUAUGCAUACCCCUGCGGUCUAGAACACGCCGUUGCCACCAGUGCAGCUGAUAUGCUAUCAGAGUGGUUUUCUAUGCUAUAUGGAAAUGGUUUUCAAGCCUUGGUUCUCUAAUGCAGCUUGUACAAGAGGCUGAUAUUUUUUUAAUGGAGUGUAAUCUCCUUUUUAGGAGGCUUUUUAUGGAAGGGAAAUUUGUAAAAGUUAGUAAGUUUUGCCUCUAAACUGCAUUAACAUGCCACAGGCUCGGGCUGUUUUUGUGUAAAGGAUGUUGCAGAAUGGCACUUUUUCUAAAGAGAAGUUUGAUAUUUUGUAUGCUUGUUAAAGAAAGUACAGUAUUGGAAAUUAAAGGUGGACAACUGAUAAUUGAGAAGUAUGUCAAUUAAUUUUUUAUGUAUAUUACCUGUUUACUUGUACAAUUUUAUUGUACAAAUUACACGCAGCUUCAUUUUCAAAUGAGUCCUUAAAAUAAGGAAAAUCUUUUUAGGAAAACAUUUAAUUUUUGUAUUUUUUGAUUUUAAAAGGCAUGAGUUAUGUCAACUUUUUCCAAUGUAUUAAUGAAGAUUUUAACUUUUCAUCAGGUUGAGUGUUUUCUUACUAUAUUAUCUGUUGUAUAUGUAGCUAGCACAUUGUGUCACUGAACUGUUAAAAAAAGUUAGCAUGUAGAGCAAGCCUGCUUUGUGGAAAAUCAUUAUUCAUUUGAAACAAAAUUAUGGUGGAUUUUCUGGGGGUAAAAAAGAAAGAAAAGCAAUUGCUAUCCAGAAUGAUGACUGCUUUGUAUCUAAAGAAAGGUAUUUUGCUUGCAGGAAAAUGCUACAAAUUCAUUUUAAUGAGAAUCUCUGAAUUGUAUUUAUCCUUAGGGCAUCUGGACAUCUUUACACUGUCUUAAUGUCUUUAUUGAAAUAAAAUGUACAUAAUGAUUGAUUCUCAUAUAUAUAUAUAUCUACAUACAUACAUAUAUAUAUAUAUCAGAAGUGUGUGUGUUUGCAGAGAAGUGACCAUUGUAACCACCCCCUUCCUGUUUGGCUAAAGACAGGUGUAUAGAUACAUUUGAUUUUUAAAAAUUUAAGUUUGAAAUUUCCCUCUUAAAUGUUUUUAAUUUCUGUUUAAGUAAACGAUAACCUAAUAAUAGUGAAGAAUUACUCCCUUAUUGUUCCUACUGAUGAUGGUUAUGAUGAUGAUCCUACAGCACUUUUUUCCCAUGGUCUCCAGGAGGAGGCGGAGGAGGCAUCCCAUGCACACUCUUUUGGAGCACACUUAUGGACAGGAGACAGCUCAAGAGACUGUGUAGGGACACCUCCUCCCGAUGCUCUGCUUCUUCAGCUUGAUAGAAGCAUCAGCUUAGAAGUAGGAUGAGAGCAGCAUGUUAAUGGCACCUGUGACAGGAGCACAACUGUACCUGCCUCAGUGGAAUGUGGGUGCAGAGAGAGAGAGGAGAGAUUUUGUAUUAUUUUCUGCAGUUGACAAGUAAAUAUAGUAGACCCCUCCCCCACCCUGAAUAAAAUAAUGGAUGGACAUUUCUCUGUGACUUGAAGGAAAAACUGUACAGCAUCUUUUUAGAAUACCUUUCUAAAGCAUUUGUGCAUUUUCAUUAUAAAAAAUCCAUGAUAAAACCCACUACUUUUAUUGAAGUUGACACAUUGCAUAUUACAAACCUACCUGUUCUGUGAUGUCUGAUCACUGAAAAGAGAGACGAAAAAAAGAAUGUGAGCUCUUACAACCUCGAUUAUUAAGAAUUUGUAGGGAAAUCUACAGUCCUACCUAGGAUAGUUAAAUCAACCAUUGCAGGCUGCUCUGUAAAUACAUAUUAAAGUAUCAUUUUGUAA